AUGGCCACUUCCCUGCCCUCUCCUGGCCCUGUGCAGGUGCUGUGGGUUCCUAGGCGUUCCCAGGCCCUGCUGUGCCCAGGUGCAGCAGCGGGGCGGCUUCCCGCCUGGGAGGAUGGGCAGCAGGUGUCCCUAACGACUCUGCCUCUGCAUUCUCCAGCCUGGGGGGAGUGCUGCCCAGGCCCUGCAACCACAGUGCAGAUGGGAGAGGCCCCUGGAGAUGCCUUCAGGGGACAGAAAGGUGGUUGCUCCCACACCGCCCGGAAGUGCUCGCGGUCGGUCCCGGGGGUGAACUGGUGGCAGGACUUGGAGGUGCGGGGCAGUGUGGACAGUCCGAGCGGAGCACUGGCGUCUGCCGAGCCGGCUCCGCCGACCCUGGCGCAGCUCCUGCAGCUGGUCCAGAAGGGCCGGGAACUCCCGGGUCUGGAGAAACGCCUCAUCACCGCGAUCCACGGGUCGCUGCUCGCGCGGAGGCCCAAGCCCUGGGAGGACGUGGGCUCGGCCGCAGCAGCCCGCACCACCGCGCACACGCAGCCCCGACCGUCGGGGAACUGCCCCGGUCCGGCAGAUUCCUGAGCUCGAGGGCUUUUACAGCCGAGAGCCGGAGGACGGGACUGGAUCCUGCAAGAACCCGAGAGUCUGGACAGCUGUCACCCUUACUAUCUUUCUGCAUCUGGGCUGACCUGUCUCAACCGAACCCAGUCUUCCCGGGAGACUCAAUGUUGCCCAGGAAUUUUGGGUUUGGGCGCUGAAUUUC